GUCCUGGCCUUUUCACCCUUGGCGAUGGGCCGUCUCUCAGGGCGAUAUGACCCCUGGGGUCCAGCACCCACAUGGGCGGAACGGCGCCGCGGCGGAAUGGCGCAACGGCCCUUCGGAGCUAGCUUGGACGAAGAUGUGGAUGCCUGGCACCAACUGCUGACAAAGCUUCAGCAGAUGGGCCAGAAAUAUGGCAAGACAUGUGCACAGGUGGCCAUCAACUGGGUCUUGUGCCAGGGGGCCAUCGCACUCUGUGGCGCUCGAGACGGAACUCAAGCCUCCGAGAAUGCUGGUGCCAUGGGUUGGCGGUUGAGCGCCGAGGAUGCCCUUCUACUGGGUGCCUUGGGGGCUCGUGG